UGAAAGGGUACAGAGGAGAUGAGGCACUGCCCUCCCUGAGGGAUGUUUAUACGUGAUGAAGGAAUAUUAAUUUAUUUGUCUGAUGAAAAUGGAUGGAAAUACAUAAAGACAUUCUUCCGUCCAGUGAUUAACGAUCAAAAUAACGGUGCGCGUGUCCAUGAGCCUGUCCUCAGAAUCGUCGUCCUACUGAAAACACACAUACAGUCCUCGUUCUAUGGGGAUGAUCGAAGAUGGAGGAAAAAAGCCUUCGUGUAGCAGACUAUUUUGUGGUGGCUGGACUCACCGUCUCCUCGAAGCCCCUGGAGGAAGAUGUCCACCCUGAAGAUGGAGGUCACCGGAGCUCAGCUCAACUCAAGGCGCCGAUCACUGAUGUGGCGGUGGUGAUUCGCUCUCUAGGGGAGGAGGUACCUCGAGGGUAUACCUGUGUUGAAUGCACCCCCUCCGGACUCCCUGCUGAACUGAAUGGAGGAAGCCUCAUGGGGCCGCAGAUCUUCCUGUGCUAUAGGAGAGGCAGAGAUAAACCGCCACUCACCGAUCUGGGCAUCCUCUAUGAGUGGAAGGAGAAGCUGAAGCCAGACUGUCAGAUUAUUCAGACCACACCCUCCGGACGCCCUGCCAACAUCAGUGGCUCCUCCUCCCAGCGGAUCUACAUCACAUAUCGUCGCGCCGCUGAGAAUCACUCUCACGCCACGCUGGCUGUCACAGACAUCUGUGUCAUUAUUCCCGGCAAGGGAGAGACUCCACCACACGCCUUCUGCAAGGUGGACAAAAACCUCAACAGCAGUAUGUGGGGAUCCUCUGUGUACUUGUGCUACAAAAAAUCUCUGGCCAAAACCAACACACUUGCAUUCAAAGCAGGUCUUUUGUCCAGAUACCCAGAGGAGGACUACGAUUCCUUUCCUUUGCCUGAAUCCGUGCCCUUGUUUUGCCUGCCGAUGGGAGCGUCCAUCGAGUGCUGGUCCUCUCACACCAAAUAUUCUCUUCCCGUCUUUUCAACAUUCGUUCUCACAGGCGCCUCUGGAGAAAAGGUUUAUGGUGCUGCCAUCCAGUUUUAUGAACCCUACCCAGAAGAGCAUUUGACUGAAAAGCAGAGAUCUCAGCUGGGACUGCAGGCUAACGGACUCAGGCCUGACGGAUCCAUGACUGUCCACACAAACAAAAGCAUCUGCCUUCUCUCUCACUGGCCCUUUUUCGAUGCUUUUCGCAACUUUUUGACCUUCCUCUAUAGAUACUCCAUCUCAGGUCCACACACUCUACCCAUUGAAAAGCAUAUUUCCCAUUUCAUGCACAAGGUUCCCUUCCCCUCCUCUCAAAGGCCACGUAUCCUGGUGCAGCUGUCUCCACAUGAUAGCCUGAUGCUGAGCCAGCCCGUUUCCUCUCCUCUCCCUCUGAGUGGAGGAAGACUCUCUACAUUGCUAUUGAACCUCGGCCCUAAGAAUGCAGCUACUCUAUUGGUCUUAGCUGUGACGGAACACAAGAUCCUGGUGCACUCCUUACGUCCGGCUGUUCUGACCAGUGUCACCGAGGCCCUGGUGUCAAUGAUUUUCCCCUUCCACUGGCCAUGCCCAUACAUUCCUCUCUGCCCGCUGGCCCUGGCAGAUGUGCUCAGUGCUCCAUGCCCUUUCAUUGUCGGUGUGGACUCGCGGUACUUUGACCUCUAUGAGCCACCGACGGACAUAAGCUGUGUGGACCUGGACACAAACACUAUAACUCACAAAGAAGAACGCAGAUCCCUGACCUGGAAGAUCCUGCCAAGAAAAGCCUGUAAACAUCUGAUCAACACCCUCAGCAAUCUCCACCAGCAACUGGAUGAGGGUUAUCAGAUGAGCCGCGAGGAAGGACAGAUGGAGGCCUUCAUGAGCGAACGGGAACCUGGCAGUGGUGGGAAAAGUCUGGAAACGUUGGAGCUAGAGAUCCAGGAGGCUUUCCUGCGCUUUACGGCGGCCAUCUUGAAAGGCUACCGCUCAUACCUGUUGCCCAUCACACAGGCUCCAUCUGAGAAAGCCACAGAUGCCAGCUCACUCUUUGAUCUGCAAGGCUUUUUGAAGAGUCGGGAUCGAUCCCAUCAGAAGUUUUACUCCCUCAUGACUAAGACUCAGAUGUUCAUUCGUUUCAUUGAAGAGUGCUCUUUUGUCAGCGAUAAGGAUGCAAGCCUUGCUUUCUUUGAUGACUGCGUUGACAAGUUGUUUGGCACAGAGAAAGGAGGGAAGGUGGACAGCGAUAAGCCCGAGGACACUAGGCUUAUUGAACUUGACAAAUCCCACCGAAGCGAACACACGGUCUUCAUCAGCCCUCCAGAGCUGCCAGCACUUCCAGAAGGAGAGGAGCCGCCUAUGGUUUACAGUUACAGCGGCUUCCCGGCACUGAAUGCCCAACUCUGUGAGCAUCAGGAUGGUCUCAGAGUCCCCAAAGCAACAUCAGCCCUGAGACACAUCAGUCCCAUCAGCCCUGCUGCUAUAUUCCGUCGCUCCCAACAGGAGAUCAAAUCAGCCCAGCGGAUGGCCAAAACCUACUCCUCCAUCCCUCAGAUGUGGUCUAAAUGUCUCCUCAGGCACUGUCACGGUCUGUGGUUCAUCUGUUUGCCUUCGUACGUCAGCGCGUGUCACUCUAAAGUGCGCGCUCUGCAUACUGCUUACGACGUGCUGAGAAACAUGCAGGACAAAAAGCUGCAGCCUCCGGAUGAGGUGUGUUAUCGGGUCCUGAUGCAGCUGUGUGGGCAAUACGGUCAACCUGUUCUAGCAGUCCGAGUCUUGUUUGAGAUGAAGAAAGCCGGAGUUCAGCCUAAUGCCAUCACUUAUGGAUACUACAACAGAGCCGUCCUGGAGAGCACAUGGCCUUCCUCCACCAGAGGGGGAUACUUCCUGUGGGGAAAACUGAGAAAUGUGGUUCGGGGUGUGGUGCUUUUCAAACAAGUAUGGAGGAGGCAGACCACCCACCCGAAAGACACUCAUCUUUCUGAUGCCAGUGAUCUCGACAGUGUCAGCCAUGGCAGCCUGGACAGCUCUAACGAUUCAGCGGAGCGAGUUUCCAUUGAUACAGACUUCACCAAAAUGGAUUCCAGUGAUGACAGAUCCAGCACAGGGGGUCAGUCUGAUCAGGGCUACGACUCUCUGUCUAAGGAGGAGGUGAGGUUUGGAGGAGGUGAAGAGCAGAACUGCUCUCCAGACAUCAAGGAGAAAAAGGACAGCAACUCUUGUCCAUUAUCUCAGUCUGAACUCUCAAAGAAAGAGGAUUCAUCCCUCGCAGCUGGAAUCCAUCCUUCGAAAAUUACCAGGGAAUCCAGUCAAACCUUUUCCGACACCAUUCCGAAGACAAAAAGACCUAACUCCCUGGAUAUUUUUGGAGAGAAGCCCAUAAGACCCAACACGCUGGAUCUAACCCCAGAUAAGCCUGUAGACUCUGUACCUGCAGCACAGACACAAACAGACGCAUUGGAGUGCGUCGUGAGCCCACCUAAAGUUUCCGUGGAGAGGACUGCCAGCUGCAUGGUUACCAUGGAGAAGACAGUUGCCAUGGAGAGCGGGCACACUGGCGUGGAGAGGAGCAUGAGCUGCAAUAGUGCUCUCAGUCGAGUGGUGAAGAGGACGGGCAUUGAAGCAGGGUUUGAUCCUCUGUCCCUCAUGGCAGCUGAGACUCACGGCCAUGAGGACGAGGAUAGUGCGGGCACCCCAACCGCCCGCCGGGACUUGGCCGAGGAGAUUCAUCACUACAUGAACAACCUGAGCAGCCCUUUAAGCCAGCGUUCUCUCAGUGUGGACCUGAAGGGCCACCAGACCCCGUCCCCUCACAGCUCACCCUGUAUGUCCAAAAUAGCACUGGGUUCCCCCAGUGCUUCCCAGCUCCAGCCUCAGCCACGAACACGACUGUUCUCCUCGCCCUCGCUUCCUCAGGGCCGCGUGCGCAGGGUCAGAGAGCAGCGGCCUACUUCUUUGGCCUCCCCUUCAUCUCCCACUCCCUCCUCUUCCUCUUUCUCUAUGGACUCUCUGCUCACUCCGACCCUGGAUGUGUUCAAGAGCAGCUUCCUGUCUGCUGGGAAGGGCGUUGCUGAGAAAGCAAGUCGAUUGUAUUCCAGACUUUCCUCGCAGACAUCAAUUGCACAAGAUUUGAACUCUGACCAGGUCAGUGUGUCCUCGCUGGGCUCUGGUGACCCUGACUGCUCCUCCUUGAUUGAGAGCGAUCUGUGUGUCGAUCCUGAAGGGCUCUCCUCCCCACAGAGAGAUGCAGCUCAACCCGUCACACGGCCCAGAAGGAGCCCUCACAGGAGUAAUAACUGCCUAGAAAGCCCAUCCGCGGGACCUCGACUCUUCCGACAGCCCUCCCUCACUGGUCCAUCGCUGACAGUAAUGAAAGCUCUGCAGACUCCAGACACAUGCUCUGAUUCCAGUUUCAGUCAGUUCACGCAAAGUUAUGCUGUCGAAGUUCGUAUGUCCAGUUGUUCUCGCUGCAACACCUGUGAGAGUUUGGUGUAUGAUGAAGAGAUCAUGGCUGGCUGGACAGCCGAUGACUCAAACCUCAACAGCACAUGUCCAUUCUGCGGCUCUCCGUUUCUGCCUCUGCUCAAUGUGGACAUCACAAACAUGGGUGACCAAGAAAGAUCACCAUGUCAAGAUACUCGUUCUGGCCAGACAGAAAAAGAAGAUGAGCUACCAGAAGUUUAUGAUGCCUCUAGCAGUCUUUCCAACAAGAAGAAAAAAGACGCUGAGGCAGUGACCGUGCCAUACCUGAGUCCUCUGGUCCUCUGGAAAGAGCUGGAGAGUCUGCUGGAGAAUGAGGGGGAUCAGGCCAUCUCCUCUGCAGCCAUUGUAGAUCAUCACCCCAUCGUCUUCUGGAACCUGGUGUGGUUUUUCCGCCGCCUUGAUCUUCCCAGCAGCCUCCCGGGUCUCUAUCUGACCUCCAAACACUACUGCAGAGAUACUCCGCAGUCUCAGCAAAGUUGUGCUUCAGAAGACAGUAAGAACGUGUUGGUCCAGAUCCAGUGGGACAAUCCCAGACUGCACCAGGACCACAUUCAGCCCUGCUACCUGCUCUGGAAAGCAUAUUGCUCGAGCGCUGCAGUGUCUUCCGGUCUGAAUGAGGAUGAGCAGGCUGUAAGUCUGGAGCUGCUGCAGACGCUGGUGAAGAACAUCCAGAAGAACGAUGUCUAUCAGCCCAUGAGUCUCAUACUGCAGCUGCUGGGCUCCAGGCUGGGCUUCAGCAGACAGCGGAGCUUGUAUAGAGACAUCCUGUUUCUGUCAUUAGUGGCUUUGGGCAAGAGUAGCAUAAAUAUCGAUGCAUUCGACCGUGAAUACAAAACAGCGUACGACCGUUUGACACCCAGCCAGGUCAAGAUGACCCACAAUUGUGACCGUCCACCCAGCGCUGGAGUCAUGGAGUGCAGACGAACCUUCGGCCUUCCCAGUCUGUGAUUCAAUCCUCACAUCCAUCACAUCGAAAAUCAUCCAAAGACGAAACGCUUUCACUUUCAUCUGAACCAAAGCUACCUCCGGCUCCCCUGAGGUCUCUUUUGAAACAUCUCCUUUCUGUCACUCUGACUGUUCUCCAUCUAAUGGACACUUUAUAUAAUCAACCAUCACAUUUCCCCCAUCCUUUAACUCUUCCGUCUGCUAACGUCUCGAAAAGUUGCGUCGCAUCGAAAUCGUCCUUCGCCGCUCAGGUAAACUUGAGUUCAGAGUCAAUUGCUGCUUUUACACAAUCCACAUUGUAAAAGCGCUACAGAAAUGUGUAGAUUAGGAGCAAUAUCAUUGUGCUCAGGUCAUUUCCACCCACUCCGAGCAAAUGGCGGGGUGAAAUUGGGACCAGUAGCUGUAGAACAAUCAAAAUCCAUCACGUUUAGGAAGCACAAUGAGCGUAAAUACACAAAAAAACCCGUCUUGUAUAUUUCACACGCGAAGAGACUUUGUGUACAUACGUCUUAUUAUUUUGAAUAUUUGUAUUAUACAGUUAUAUUUUAAAACGGGAAUUUGCUAUAAUCGACGUGUCUCCAUUUGUAAAGACUAUACAGUAUAUGCUGUCGGUAUCGUGUCGGUUUAGUUUUUUCGUCGUCCUGGUCCUGGAGACCAGCCGUGUGGUGACCGUCGGUGACACUGUCGUCUUGAGGUACUGAACUGGACCAAAUAUAAACUCUGACUCACGGUUUACAUGUUAAGGAGUGUGUUUGAUGGCGAUUUGAACUGAGAAAUGCCUUACCUUGUGGCGAAGAGAUGUACGGAUUAUGGAGUUUCAUUUCCAACAGGGUAUAACGAGUAGUAUAGAGAUGUUUAAAGAAUCAAUGGACUGUUAUUAUGAAUAUGAAGUCAGCAUUUUACACCCACCUGCAUAAUCCAGUGUGUUUGCCAUGAAGGUACUUGAUUUUAGCUCAUUCUGCUUUGUAUUAUGCAAAGUAUUGCGUAAGAGACAUAAAAUGAAGUACCUGAAGCAUACAAGCGCUUAAAUUAUUUGUGUGACAUGUAAUAACUAAUGGAAAUGUGUUUCUGACAUGGAUUUAAAAAGGUAAUUGUGACAUUAUUAUGUCUUUUGGGAGUACUCACUAUUUUGGCUUUUCUACUCAGAAUUGCGAGUUUCUAAGUAUAAACUCACAUUGUGGAUUUCUUUAAUGGAACUUUCAACACAAGUUUAUAUUUUUCAGUUCUAUAUGAACUCACAGUUGCUGUAAAUAAAUAUACUUCAUUAAAAUUAAGACUUUACAUAUCACAAUUCAGACUUUUCUCACUAGACAUAAAUUAAUUCUUCGAAUUGUAACUUUUUGUGUGUGUGUAAUUUACAACAUAGGCUCAUUCUGAAAACGUAGCCCUAUAUACAUUUCUGGAGAGCGCGAAUUAUGUAACCAGAGGAACGUAAAGCUACAUUUCAUCUCUAGAAUGAAUGCUAUAGGGCGGUAUGACACCGUUCAUUUUUGCGCUUACCAGCUGACUGAUUACCUCUGUAUGGACGAAUAUCCCACUGUUCUGUUCCAGAAAGUGGAUAAGACAAAAACAUAAAGCCAAAAAAUAAAAUAAACAAGUAAAUAACAGGCUGAGAAUGUGGUAAAAUGUGGUAAAAACCAGGCGAGGGCUUUUCUUUUUUUGGAUUACUUUUUAAAACUGUCGGUUGGAUUUAGGGAAGUGGGUAAACGGGUCAAUCGGUGCUUUUGAAAACGCUAUCGGUUGAUUUUAAGGAAGGGGGUGGGUGGGGUUAUUGGUCAGUCAGUCAGUCGACAGCGGCCUCUGGUGGAUUUAUGUGAGUACAGCAGGAGUGAAUGGCACUCGUGAGAGAAUUUUGAGAUCUCUAAAAGUGUACACAGCGACCUCUGGUGGACUCGCGAAAACAAAAACUGCUAAAAAGUAGCUCCUGGGAUGUGUUUGGCGCUCUCCAGAAAUGUAUAUAUGGGUACGUUUUCAGAAUGAGCCUGAGUUGAUUUAAAAAGGUAAUUGCGACAUUAUUAUGUCAGUCGGGAGUUCUCACGAUUCUGGCUUUUCUACUCACAGUCUAAACUCACAAUUGUUUAUUUCUUUAAUGGAAGUUUGAACACAAAUGUUACAAGUUUAUAUUUUUCAGUUCUGUAUGAACUGAAAAGUUGCUAAAAAUAAAUAAACUUCAUUAAAAAUGAAGACUUUCAUAUCACAAUUCAGACUUUUUCUCACUGAAUUGUAGCUUUUCUUUGUGUGUAAUUUAACAUUAACAGUAACACUUUAGCUUAGGUCACACUUCAUGGUAUUAACAAUACUUGUUUAAUAAAAUACUAAUUAGCUGUUUAUUAAUAGUUAGUAAGGUAGAAGUUGGGUUUAGGUUUUGGGUAGGAUUUGGGAUACAGAAUAAAAUCAUACUUUAUAACUACUAAUGAACAGUUAAUAUCUUAAUAAUAGUCAGGUAUAGCAUGAAUUGUGACUUAAAAUAAAGUGUUACCGAGUUGCCAUCGAUAUCUCAUGGCAAUUCGUCGUAACUUUUUGAUUUAGUGACUAAUUCGUAUGAAU